CCACUCAUUUUUUUCCAACGCAGAGUCGCUCUACUCACAGCGAGUGCGAUGAGUAUUGUCACCGUGUUUACAGCUUUGGCAAUAGCAGCAUGCUUCUGCGACCUUGCUCACAGCGCAGCCUCUAAACCUCACAUUUUGUUCAUCGCAGCGGAUGAUUUGGGUUGGAAUGACGUCGGUUUCCACGGCAGUGAGAUACACACGCCCAAUUUAGACAAACUGGCAAUGGAAGGAGUGAUCAUGAACAGGACAUACGUGCAGCCUCUGUGCUCUCCCACAAGGAGCACUUUCAUGUCAAGUCGUUUUCCUAUCCACACCGGUCUACAGCACAGCGUUAUUCGCCCCACACAACCGUACGGUCUACCUCUCAACAUCACCACCAUCGCACAGCACCUCAAGUCGGUCGGCUACUCGACGCACAUCAUAGGAAAGUGGCAUUUGGGAUUCUGCAAUGCACAGUACACGCCCAUCGAACGAGGAUUCGACACACAUUUUGGAUAUUACGUCGGAGCUGAAGAUUAUUUCACCCACAGACGGGCUGAUGCCGUUCCCAACAACUCAUCUGACCCGACAGCUUUCAGUGUCCACGUUGACGGCCUAGAUUUUCGAAAUAACACGCAAGUGGUGAAGAACAUGAACGGAACCUAUUCUACCAUUGCAUUCGCCAUGGAAGCACAACGCAUCGUCUCCCAACACAAUCCAGAUGAACCACUCUACUUGUAUCUUCCCUUCCAGGCCGUACACGGUCCGCUAGAAGCUCCGCAACGAUUUAUCGACAUGUACUCACACAUAAAAGACGAAAAGAGACGAACAUUUGCUGGCAUGGUGACAGCCAUGGACGAAGCAAUAGGAAAUAUUACAGCAGCCUUUCAGAAACGGGGUCUGUGGGAAAACACGUUGAUGAUUUUUACGACUGACAACGGUGGACCGGUCACUGUUGGGGCGAACAAUUAUCCGCUAAGAGGAAGCAAGGCCACAGUGUGGGAAGGCGGUACGAGAGGAUCCGUGUUUGUCCACGGUAACAUGUUGGAAAAGAAAGGAUACACAAACAACGAGCUGGUCCACUCAGUCGAUUGGUAUCCUACACUCUUGACAGCAGCAGGACUUCCAGUGACGACCCUGGAUAUCGAUGGCAUAGACAUGUGGGAUACAAUCACGAAGGGCAGUGCGUCUAAACGAGAGGAGUUUGUCUACAAUAUCGACACGAAUGUUCCUAUCGCUGCAAUCCGUUACCAACAAUGGAAACUCAUCGUCGGUGAAACUGGAGCUCAUUCUGGAUGGUACCCACAACCAACAGUUUCUGCAUCUCUCACAGACAAUCAGUCGCUGAAGGUGGAAAACACGACAACUUAUCUCUUCGACCUCGACGCUGAUCCGACCGAGCAUUUCAAUCUCGUGAAAGAAAAACCAGAGAUUGUUUCAAUGAUGAAAAAGCGUCUUGAAGAGAUAAUGAAAACUUACGUUCACGAUCUCUCUACCCUCCAUCCUCCUACAGCCAAGUGUAACCCUGCCAAUUUCGGCGACGCCUGGGGUCCAGGAUGGUGUUAGUUGAAAAGAAUUUUGUUUCUUCUCAGUCUAGUUGAUUAUGUUUGUCGUAGCUACACUGUGUAAUGCCGUUUGUUGUUAGCACGGUUCAGCAUAAACAAUAAAUGUGUCAGU